CAUCGGCAUCCGUCAUAAUCAAUGUUGAAGGCCGAAAAGAUUUGACCCCUCAAGGUAAUAUAAAUAUAGAAGUCAGUAGGUAGUCUCAUUACAAUGAAUUGUGUGAGAAGAUAAGUGAAAGUGUAAGUCGUAUUUGCUUCGAUGCUUGGAUCAAAAUUUGGAUGGAACACAGCAGUAAAUGUGUAUCCUCCACAUUGGCUCGAAAAGGACACGGAUCUACUAACGGACAACUAAUGGCAGUAGCGAUGAUGGCGAUCGACGCAAGUUCGACCACCCGCGCCUCACACGACUACUCCUGGAUCAUCCGUUCGCAUCCUACUGACGAUCACGCAACCGACAACGACCCGGAGAUUCCAGUGUCUUUAGUACUAAUCCCGAAGCUGAAAGCUGGCGAGCUUGCAGCUGUACUGCAAGCCGAAGAGCCCGCGCGACGCUUCGUCUACAAGGUUGUCACGACGCUAGGAACAGCGAAGCAGAUUCACCAACAGGGGAUCCUCCAAUACCGCAGGAUUCAACACCUGAUAGGGUGGCUGCUGCACGGUGUGACACUCGGGGAAGAAGUCAAGGAGUGGCACCAGAAACAGCACGAGGUUCGCGUCGUCGAAGAACUUAACAAACGACGAGGUGCGAAAAAAGUCGUCGUCGACUUCCCCAUGGUGAAGUCAUUCCAGAAGGGUGCAUUUUUUGGCAUGGAACGCGUCGCGCCGCUGAAAGACGCGACCCGCGCAGACCUCAAUGACAUGGCUUCUGUGUUGGAUAAGAUGAACCUCGUCGGGGUGUGGCAUGGCGAUGUCAAACCGGACAACUUUGGCAGGACCGCGGAUGGAAAGCUCAAGGCUUUUGACAUCGAUCAUGGCUCGUGCACCAGCCUGCGAGCGUACGUGAGGGAAGACCAGGUGACUAAGUUUCUGACGGAAGCGCUGCUCCUCGGGAAGGGUUCCGGGAGCGAACUCGCAGACGAGAGCCGUUGCUGGCCGAUCGUCGACAGGUGGCAGUUUCUAGUUACGGUCACAAAAACGCUUGGGACGCCGGCUCCGCCAGCAAACAGAGCCACCUACCAACGGCUCUUCCGGAACUCCUGUUGUGAUCUCGUCUUGGAGGAGGUUGAAAAGUCCAAAUCCCUGGAAGAAACGGUGAACAAGAGCAGUACCAGCAACAGUGGCAGUGGAAGGAUAAACGAGGAAACAGCAGACGAUGAAAGCUUACCGGGACCCUUGUCCAAGCGGAAGAAGCUGAGCAAAGAACAGGAGGAACCUGAAACCACCGCAGCUGUUGCCACACUGCCAAAAGCGGUUGAUGGCGCGAAGAUUGCCGACCAGCGAGGGGGGAGGGCGCAGUUGACCAAGCCUGCAUCGACCGUCGCAGCUGCAGUAGCAAAUAUGAAGGAGAAGAAAAGCGCUUCCGCGAGUUCCAGUUCUUCUGCGUUCAUCUUUGAAAAGCCCGCACCGCGAUUGCCAUUCGAGAAGGAUGAGGACAGGGGUGUCGAAGAACUGGCGAAGUCGAGACAAGUUGUAGGCGAUGUCCGAGAGGACGAAAAUACUUUCGCCCCCGACCCGGCGCUCCGCCAGCUCGAGACACGGAAGAAAAGCAGUGGCAACGCGGUCGCGCCGGAUGACGCGCUCGAUAUUGCGCAGGCACCAGACCUAAAAAUGGUAUUUGUUUGUGUAGUGUUUAACUAGUGAUACUGAUAUUGGUUCGCCCGCAUGCAUGGCGUCAUCUGUUUGUCGAAGAGCGCAGUCCUAGAAAAACGAAUACGACCUGCAUUUAGCAUAUUACAACCAGCAUGCAACUGCUGGAACUGAAUCUUUCUCUUGUAAAAACCAGCCACCUGCGGGUACACCCGUACCAAUACCAGCAGCUGCGGGCGCCGGCGAUGACGAGGUAACGAGCAGGAAAGCGAAAGGAGUUCUUCCGGCGGAAGCUGUGAUGGAUGCCUUUGGGAAGAACAAAGCCUUGCAGUCGAAAGGCGGCAACGGCUCACCAGCAAAGGCAGAACAUGGUCAGCAAGGGCAGGUGGUGCAGGAAACUGAUGCGCAGAACGCGGAGCGGCUGCACAAAGAGCGUGUCGCAUCCGUCAGGUAAGUAACAAAUCGCAUCAAUCCCGAUAUCUGCGAAUUUGAGUUUCAGGGCAUCGCCUUUCUCCUCCACCAACAACUGAUACCCUUUCCCGUCUGUUUGUAUUCGCAAUGCCUGUGCCCAUGGCCAUGAAAAAAACUAAAACUACAAACUCGUGGUCCAUUCGUUCACGAAUUCGAACCCUCAGUUGCUACUUCACAAAAAGACUAUACGCAAAUACAUCAUCUGAUCAGGAGAAAAGCAGCACAAGAGCGGCAUGCGAGGGCCAAGGCACAGAAAGAAGAGGAGGAACGAGUUCGGGCCCGCAAUCGCGCGAACGGGGCACGGGGCUUAGCAGCACAAAAGAAUCGGCGCGGCCGCAAGGCUGGGCCGGGAGGGGCCGACGGCGCGGUCGAAGCAGCAGGGCCGGAAAAUGCUGCAGCCGCACCGCAGCAAGCACAGCUGCAGAAAGAUGGUGAAGAAAACAAGGAUGCAAAGGGUCAUGAUCUGAGUUGAUUGAUUUUGAUAGAUUUCGUUUGAGCUUGACAUGGCCUUACAGAGCAGCCCCCUGUAGCUCCGAAUAUACUAUUUCUAUGUAAAUAUGUUGGUGUUGUAUGAUCUACUUGCUCGUCGAGUACGAGUAUGGCCACCAACUUCUCCAGGAAGACCAAUGCUACACGUACACGAGGCCUAGUGAUACUGACUAGUGCUUCUAGGUUUCUUGUUUAAAAGAUUUCAAAUUAUAUAUUGUAUGAUAUGAUGCUUCGUAUGCGCAAACCAAUGAUGUGCCACGACGGGGAAUGAAAUCAAUAAUAAAAGUGGUGCAGGAAGAAACUAUUCAUGUAGGUAUGGGUAUUUCUUCAAUCGAUCCAUGUGAUGUCGAUCACUGACUGUAUUUACAGACUUGUACCUGUGAUAAACCAGUAUGUCGCGACUGACAUCAAUCUGCGGUAGCAGGUGGCCUGCUCCAUCGACAAG